UGUAGUAAGCUUUUUGUAACACUGGUUAUAAAGGGCUUUUUUUCUCAUAACAAUGCUUAAUGGAAGAAAGGAUUUCAUAUAGAAUGUAUUAAAAGAAGCAUGGAUAAUUGAUGUUUUAGAGGACUGGAUAUGAUUCACGUAUGGUAACCAUGAGAGAAUACUACACAUCGCCUGAUCAAGGAUGGUCCUGGGUUGUCCUUCUUGCUUCUUUCGGAUCUCAUUGCAUUCAUGGUUUCUUUCUGACUGCAGUGGGGAUUCUUCAGAUGUCCUUGCUAGACCACUACAAAGAAAGUGUGUUCAAAACUUCAUUGCCACUGUCUACAUUGAUAGGAUUAUUUUCCAUAUCAGGACCAUUUGCAAGUUUGGUAGUCAAUAAAUGGAGUUGUCGAGUAUCAAUGAUAGCAGGCGGACUUAUUGUGUCUUUAAGCCUCCUGAUGACUGCCUUUAUGCCGAAUAUCAUUCUUGUUUUCUUUUCACUGGGAAUAUUUGGUGGUGUUGGGAUAGGAUUAGCCUUCACACCGUCUAUUGUUGUUAUUGGAUACAACUUUGAGAAGAAAAGAAACUUUGCAAGUGGAGUAGCUGUAUCGGGUAUCGGUAUUGGGUCUUUUGCUCUGGCGCCAUUGAUGCAAUCUGUUAGUAAUCACUAUGGAUACCAUGGAUUAAUGUUUAUGUGUGGAGGUCUUACAUUACACUACUGUGUUUUUGGUUUCUUACUUUUUCCUUCGAAGCUGGAAAUGGAUCGAAAAAAAGGAGAAAGAAAAGCCUCGAAUUGUGACGGUGAACAACUAUCAUCAAAAGUCAAGAGGCAGAGAGAUGUAUGCAGAGUUGUAUCACAAAAAGCACUUAUAAACGUUUAUAUAUCUAUGUUCCUGUGUAAUUUAGGGAUUUAUCUGGUAUAUCUUCAUUUUGCAAGUUAUGUAACAUCUAUAGGAUUCAGCAAAUUGGAGGCGGCUUUUCUUUUUUCCAUAUGUGGAAUCUGCAAUUGCAUUUCUCGAAUUCUGGUCGGUUCUGCCACAAAUGCCAAUAAUAUCGACGAAUUUUUACUAUACGCAGGGACAUUUAGUCUAACGGGUUUUACAACAGCACUAUUUCCGCUGUACGGACAAACUUAUAGUGGACAGGUGUUUUAUAUGGUGACAUUCGGAUUUUACUCUGGAAUCUGUUUUGUCCUGUUAAAUACCAUAUGCGUUAUUCUUGCUGGGAUCACCAAUCUAGCCACAGUGUAUGGCUUGAUUUCGUUUUUCACCGGCAUAGGUUGUUUUAUAGGGCCUCUGCUAGGAGGUUUUAUUGUUGACCUUGGCGGAACAUACAGCCAGUCUAUUGGUGUGGCGGGUGUAAUAAUUAUCAUUGGUUCUGUUUUUGCUUGGGGCUCUGGGGUAGGCGGACGUCGUGGAAAACAUACGAAAACCCCAGGAGAGACGAUUGUUUAUCAUGAAAGUGAAGUAGUUCAAGAAAAUCUCAUAAGCAACAUUGAUAAUGUCGGAAAGAUAGAGGAUUAUGGAAAUGAUCCAGGGACAAAUUAUUGUGUUAUAAAGGGGAGCAGCAAAUCUGAAUGUUUACAGGUGGAGAGGGUCAGAGACAAUAUCUACACGAAAAAGGUCAAGGACGACGCAUACAUUGAAGAAACUCCAUUCAUCUCAAAUCUUCAUGAUUGUGAUGGUAUACAAGAAAAUAAAUGAUUUAUUUGUGAAACUUUUGAGCUUUUGCCAAUUCUUGAUGUGUCCAAGGUGAUUUUUGUAUUGAAUGAAAUGAGCGAAUUAUUUGAUUGAAACACUUUCUGAAAAUAAGUAGGUAUGACUUCCUGAAAUGUAAACUAACGGUACAAGAAAGGAUGUACUGUAUAAGAAGAAUUGUUCUGAUCUCUUAGUUUUACCCCAAACCGAGCUUCAAAGGAAUAAAAAAAUGAAUUUCAAGUUUAAGGUAAUAAAAUUUUGAAAGCUUCCACUGUCCGACACACUUCAUUUCAUACAUUGUAUUAUAUUUUUUUGUAUAAAAAACUAAAGCAACAAAAAUAUGUAACAUUGAGUUAAUUAAAAAAGCUAUUUCAAAAUUUUACUAAAGCACGGUUUUACUGGCGCUGUCAAUAAAAAAUGUGUGUUGUUCCUUUUUAUGCAUGUAAGAUAUAUAUCAUUUCGUAAAAAUCGACCUACAUUUACUUGACUUUGUUCAUUGUGAUUCAAACAAAUUUCCUGUUGUUGACAACGUUGCUAGAUAUGUAAGCCAAUGAAUCAAAAUGUUUGCAAAGAGUUUAAUAACUGAAAGUUGUGAGUCGU